CUUUAAUUAUUUUUUUUCAAAUAUUUUUUUCCCCUGCCGGCCAGCUGAGGCAGCUCGUCCCGUCCCGUCCCGUCCCGUCCCUCCGGAGGAUGCAGCGCUCCGCGCCCCGCGGCUGAGCGGGCUCCGGCUGGGCUCCCAUGGGCUGCACCGGCAGCGCCCUGCGCUGCUGCCCCACCGGCGGCAAGAGACAGCUAAAAUCCCAGCAGCAGAGGGGACCAACUUCCCAGGAGCUCACGGCCUUGAAGACAGAGAAGGCCAAUGCCACCCUGACGCCUGAGCAUGGGAAGGAGGGAGAGGAGCUGGCACAGGCUGGGAGACUCCUUCAAGGUCAGGAGGAGCAGCUGCGGGAUGCCAGCCGAGCGGGCACCAGGAGAGUUGCUCAGGAUGUUAACACGCAGGUGGAAAAGGGAAGAGACCUGCAGCUGCAGGAGCAGUUUGAUGCCCUGAGGAGAGAGCACACAGAGACCCUGCAAGAGCUCCAGAGAGCACAUGAAGAGGAGAAGCUGCUGUUGGCAGAGUCCCACCACAGGUCCCAGGCAGCCUUACAGGAGACGAUCCAGGCACUGAAAUCGCAGCUGAAGGCCUUCCAGGAGAGGAUGAAGCGGGUGGAGGAGUCGCUCUUGAGCACAGACUACAAGAAGCACAUCAAGGAGCAUGGGAGCCCCAGCCCCUUCUGGGAGCAGGAGCUGGAGAGCCUGCACUUUGUCAUUGAGAUGAAGAAUGAGCACAUCCACGGCCUGGACAAGAAGCUGCUGAACCUGGAGGCUGUGGCAGAGAGGAACCUUCUGCUGGAGGAGAAGGUGAAGACUCUCCAGCAGGAGAACGAGGACCUGCACGUUCGCACCCAGAACCACUUGGUUAUGGCAAGCUGCAGCGCUUCUCCUGCAGGCAGCUGUCGGAGGAGCUGCUGGCUGCCCGCGGGGCGCUGGAGAAGGAGGCCCAGCUGCGGGAGCAGGCUCAGCGGGAGAAGGAGGAGCUGCUGUACCGAGUGCUCAACGGCGGGGACGGAGCUCCCUUCGCCGUGGCUGCCGGCGAGGUGCCCCUCAUCGCCACGUAGCGCCGCGCCGACGGCACCGCUGCUGCCAGGGGCUCUCGAGGCUUUCCUCCGGGGGUGUGAGCCUGGCACUGGUCCCACCAGUGCCCCCGCGGCUGGGGUAGGCCCCCGAGAUGGAUGAGCCCUCGGAGCUGCCCCACCCAACCCGGGGUGAUGGAGCAUUUCACAGGACUCUUGCCCCUGCCCUUCCCCAGCCCGUGCGGGCUGCAGGGGGACCACCCCGGGCACACUCCUGUGCCAUCCCUGCACCCCCUCCUCUGGUGGGAGGUUGUGGGGAGGCUUUCCAGGAGUAAAAGGGGUUGGCCAGGACAUUCAGACGUGCAUUAGGCUGGAUCCAACUCAGCACUUGGCUAGGAGCAUGACCAGCAGCAGUGCUGCCUGGGGGUGUGAGGCGAGAAGAGAAGGUGGUCACUGGGAGGGGGAUGAGCACCAGGAACGGGGGAAGGACACUGGGGACAUGGUGGUGUAAGGUCCCUCACUGCCUGGGGACCAACCCUGGGGAGCAAGUGGCCAAGCCCAGUCCUGAGGCUUUCACAGGGCAGCAGCAGCAGCAAAGGGCAGGAGGGAUGGGUGCCACUGGGUACCUCUGCCACCUCCAGUGCUACCCUGGCUACAGACCACAUCAACCUGUCCCAUUUCAGGGCCUAGCCUCCUGCUCAGGCCAAUGCCCCCCCAUUCCUGCCAUUGCUAGUGAAGGCAGGGACUCGCCUCCCCUCCCGGGGAGGGGGACAGCAGGGACCCCACCCAUGCCUUCCUCUCUCCACUGCUUCCUCCAUCUUCAGCAAACAGCUCCCAGGGACUGCUCCUGCAGCCCAGCUCUGUCCCCACUCACUGCCACACAGACACACAAGUCCUCCUUGUGCCUGCUGCCCCUCAGCAGCACUACCACCAGCCCCAUAUUCCCCCCACCCCCAGAGCUGGGCAGAGGGGCACAGUCAGGAAGCAGAGCAUCCCCCUGAGGAAAACCAGUCUUCAGCAGUGGCUCCUAGCAGGUCACAAGCCCAUCAGGGAAGAUGCUACCAGCAGAGCUGCAGGGCAGGGCUGGAUGCACACAAGCACUUUCCACAGGGUGCAUGAGCAUGGAGCCAUGGUCACUGCUCUGGGGGCUGCCACCAGCGUGUCCCCUCCCCAGGACUGGGGCUCUGUGUGUGUGUGCACCAAGCCAAGGUGCUACUGGCUGUAACAAUUACAAGUUGGUGAGCAGCA